AUGGAUGAAAAGGUGGCGAUAGUCGGCAUCGGCUGCCGCUACCCCGGCGGAGUCCACACACCGGCGGACUUCUGGGCCAUGUUAGCGGAGGGAAGGGACUGCACCAUCCCGCCUCCAGACGACAGGUUCGACACUUCGUACUUCUGGCAUCCCAACAGAACACCUGGCAAACUUUACAAUCGAUGUGGUGGCUACCUACAGUGCAACGUGUUCGAAUUCGACCGUCAGUUCUUCAAAAUUCCGCCCGAUGAAGCUAACCACCUGGACCCUCAAAUCCAGCUCCUGCUGGAGGUGACCUGGGAGGCCCUAGAGAAUGCCGGGAUACCUUCCAGAUCCAUCCGCGGCUCAAACACCGGGGUUUACGUAGGUGUGACGUCAAGCGAGUACCUCAUGAUGACCGUUAGCCCAUAUUCAAACGUCAGCCAAUACACAAACUCUGGCACAAACUCAUGCAUGGUGGCCAACCGCAUCUCCUACGAGUUUGACCUCCAUGGUCCGAGCUUUUCUGUAGACACGGCCUGCUCCUCCUCCUUGUACUCCAUCCAUCUUGCCAGUGAAGCCAUCAGAAAAGGAGACUGUAGCAUGGCCAUAGCAGGUGGUGUCAACUUGAUGCUGUUGCCGGGAACCACAAUUGGCUUCUGCCAAGCAGGGAUGCUGUCACCAGAUGGAAAGUGUAAAAGCUUUGACGCCUCUGCAGACGGGUACUGUCGAAGUGAGGGAGCCGGUGUCGUUGUACUCAAGCCACUCUCUAGAGCACUGGCAGAUGGUGACAGGAUCUAUGCUGUCAUCAGAGGAGGCAGCUUAACCAACGAUGGGAGAACACCAGGCAUCGCGAACCCCAGCUACGACGCCCAACUGGACCUUGUUGAGAAAGCGUGUGCAGCAGCCAAAGUACAUCCUCACAGCAUCCAGUAUGUGGAGGCACAUGGAACUGGUACCAAGGUUGGUGACAGAACAGAGGCAAAUGCGCUGGGCCAGAUCCUUGGAAGAGGACGAAGUAAAGAAGAUCCACCUCUCUACAUUGGCUCGGUGAAGUCCAACUUCGGGCACACAGAAGGCGCUGCAGGUGUGGCUGGAAUCAUCAAGCUGGCGCUCAUGAUCAGUAAGGGCCAAAUUCCUAGGGUGGUGCACUUUUCGUCGCCAAAUCCAGACAUACACUUUGAUGCGCUAAAUAUUCAGGUGCCCAGCACUUUGUUACAGUGGGAGGAGAAGGAAAACAGGCUCGCAGGCUGCAGCUCCUUUGGCUUUGGCGGAGCUAACGCUCAUCUCAUUUUGGAGAGGUCCCCAUUACCAGAUCGUCAUCCAGCUGUACACAACAGUGACAAAGUCAACGACAAUCACUUCACAGCAGGAACAGGACAUGAGACAAAAACUAUCAUGUUGCUGUCCGGGAACACCAAGGCUGCUCUGAAAGAACAAAUAGAACACUGGAUCUCUUUCAUAACUGACACCCCAACUCUCAAUGAAGACCGCUUCCAACAGAGCCUGUACACUGCUGCAAACCGCUACCAACACCAUGCAGAAAGGCUGGCAAUAGUUGUCACCGGGCCCGAUGACGCCGUUCAAAAGCUCAACCUCAUGGCAAGAGAAGAGAAGCUGAAUGUAGCCGUGGAGGGAAAGGUCCCCGAGGGUGCUGAGCGCGGCAGGAUGGCCUUUGUCUUCUCCGGGAUGGGGACUCAGUGGUGGGGAAUGGGCAGGAAACUUGCCCUGGAGGAUCCAGUGUUCAGUGACGUGAUACAGCGGUUUGAAGAUGUGCUGAAGACACUAGGAGCUGACUGGUCCAUAGCCGACAUGUGA